GAUAUCCUUUGUUGGAGAGAUUUAUUUAAACUAGGAUUUAUUAAAGCUAGGAAACAAUAUCUCAUAUUGAAUAAAUUUUUAAGUAUAUACGAUUUUAAAGUAGUAACUAACACUACCAGCAACAUGAAGAAAAAGGUUUUGCUUAUGGGAAAAAGUGGAUCUGGAAAGACCAGCAUGAGGUCAAUAAUUUUCGCCAAUUAUAUUGCUAGAGAUACAAGACGUUUGGGAGCUACAAUUGACGUCGAGCAUUCUCAUGUUCGAUUUCUUGGAAAUCUCGUACUGAAUUUGUGGGAUUGUGGUGGUCAAGAAGCUUUUAUGGAAAACUAUUUUGCUUCACAAAGGGAUAAUAUAUUUCGCAAUGUAGAAGUUCUCAUAUAUGUAUUUGAUGUGGAAAGUAGAGAACUCCAAAAAGACAUUCACUAUUACCAAUCGUGUUUAGAAGCCAUUCUUCAGAAUUCACCUGAAGCUAAAUUAUUCUGCUUGAUUCAUAAAAUGGAUCUUGUCACAGAGGACCAAAGAGACAUUAUUUUUAAAGAAAGGGAAACGGAUUUGAAAGAAUUAUCUAGACCUUUGCAAUGUACUUGUUUUAGAACCUCAAUCUGGGAUGAAACCCUAUAUAGAGCUUGGUCUAGUAUAGUGUACAUGCUGAUACCAAAUGUUAAAGAACUAGAAAGUAGCCUAAAACAAUUUGCUAGUAUUGUAGAUGCUGAUGAAGUUUUGUUAUUUGAAAGAGCUACAUUUCUGGUCAUUUCUCAUUAUCAAAGAAAAGCCCACAGGGAUAUUCAUAGAUUUGAGAAAGUUUCAAAUAUUAUAAAACAGUUCAAACUGUCUUGUUCAAAACUUGCUGCCCAAUUUCAGAGCAUGGAAGUUAGAAACUCUGCAUUCGCAGCCUAUAUAGAUAUGUUUACUAGCAACACCUAUGUCAUGGUGUGUAUGUCUGAUCCUCAAAUUCCUUCUGAAGUUACUUUGAUCAAUAUCCGAAAUGCAAGGAAACACUUUGAGAAGUUGGAGAAAGUUUCAGGAUCUGUUUUUUAAAAUGGCUUCCCUCGCCUCUAGUUCCCCUUUUCUUGUGAUGAGUAUGGAGAUUCAAAGUGAAGUUGAAUUACUAUUUCCGAUUUACUGAAAUUAUAUGCAGUUUUCCAGAUAUUGAUUUUGGAAUUUGAAAAAAGCUGUUAAAUUUAUUGAAUGUAAAUUUGUAAAAUAUAUUUUUGAAGUAAUGAAAGAAUUUUUAGUAAAGUAUAUUUUUAUGAUGUUC